AUGCGUCUGUCUAGAGUUUUUGCUGGCGUUGCCAGUCUUGUGUCACUGGCAGUUGCUGAUGAUGCCACUGAAGCUCUGCCCAUGGACCUGGGCAGUGUUUUGUCAAGGCACCCCAAGCUCUCAACAUACUACAAAUUGAUCCAGAAAUUCCCCGAUGUCCUGUUGCAGCUUCCCAGCUAUGAGGGUGUCACGAUUGUUGCUCCUUCCAAUGAUGCUUUCAACCAAAUCCCUUAUUCUCCUCUCUCCAAUAUUUGGGACCCGAACGAUGCCAAGGUCACUGUUCCGCUCCUUCAGUACCACAUUCUGCAGGGUACUAUAAGCACAAUAAAGCUGAAGGAGGGGCCUGCAUAUGUCAAGCCUACACUUCUUCUCAAUCCUAAGUGGAGCAAUGUCACUGCUGGUCAGAACAUCCUUAUCAACAAACAACCUGACGAUGUUAUCUUCAGUACCCGGCUGGGUAAUCGAGCUACGGUCAUCAACUACGAUAUCAAGUUUCAAGGUGGACUCAUCCAGAUUGUUGACAGUCUGUUGAUUCCGCCCUCUGGAAUUCGUCAGGUCCUCACGGCAAGUAAGGUUGACUCGUUUCUUGGGGGACUCUUCAGAGCUGGCCUCAUGCCUGAUCUUGCUGGUCGUCAGGACAUCACUGUCUUUGCUCCAAGAGAUCAGGCCAUGGAGAUGGUUGGCAGUGCACUCAGCGGCAUGUCAACCAAGGAGUUAGCGGGUGUCAUGGGAUACCACAUUAUACCUGGCAAGGUCCUUGUCUCGACUGACCUCGACAAUGCCACAUCUCUUACCACAUUGACUGGUGAGGAGGUCCACGUCCGCCAAAUUGGCAAUGAGAAGUUCGUCAACUCGGCCAAGAUCAUCACGACUGACCUUCUCAUUUCCAAUGGUAUACUUCACAUCAUCUCCAAUGUCAACAACCCAAAGGAGGCCGAUGCGGUUCCUAAUCCUAGUCUCUGGCUCCAGAAUCCCGUGUUCAAGUCUGCUGGCGUUGACGAUGUCUUCGACUCGGAUAUCCCUUGUACCGCGAGUUGUCCAGUGACAAACACGCCAACACCUACACCGGCAGAUGAUGCUGAGAGCAACGCUGUGGCAACGCCGUGGUUCACCACAAGGUCAAGCAGGGGAGUGGCUGCUCCUCGGGCCACAGCACAUGUUGCCCGCGCUGCACUGGGUAUCGUGGGUAUAGGUGCGGGGAUGGCGCUCUUGUAG